AUGAAGCUUCAAGUAAACCUGAACAUGAUGCGUCGUUGUUCGCUUCUAUUUGAGUUCUUGUUCUGCAUCAAUCACCUUGCACGUUUGAACGCCGUCAGUGUCCACAAUUGGUCGUCCAAAUUUAACAACAAUCCGUCAAAGAACUGGGUUGUCCUUGUGGCUGGUACCAAUACCUGGAGAAAUUAUCGACAUCAAGCUGACGUUUUCCACGCGUAUCAAAUCGUGCGUAAAAACAACGUUCCAGCGGAGAAUAUAAUUACCUUCGCCUAUGACGAUAUUGCAAACAAGCCCAGAAAUCCGUUUAAAGGCAAAGUGUUCCAUGACUACUUGUACGAAGAUAUCUACCAGGGUGUGGAAAUUGACUAUCGUGGAAAAGAUGUCACACGGGAUAACUUCGUGAAAGUAUUAAAAGGCGAUGAGAAACUUGCAGCCAAUAAGAAGAAGGUGCUUAAAAGGAUCAGUUUACCAAUAAUUUGCUUCACUAUUUUACGCAUAUUUGAUGGUGACCUAUACGAUCCUUUGUCUGCAGUCUACGUGACAACAUCAGCCAAGGAAACUGAACAAUCCUGGUCUAUUUUUUGUGACGACACGGAUAUCGAUGUUUGUCUAGCGAGCGAAUACGCGUACGCCUGGAUCGGAGAUUCGGAAUACGUAAGUAUUAGCAAAAAACCGUUGCAGAUAAGCCCA